GAAAAUACCUAAUUGAACCAGUUCAUGAAAUGAAUGAAUUAUAAGAAAGACUUAUUACAUAUUAUAAGGAAUAUAAUGCGACGUUUAAGCUAACUUUGCUGAAAAUAAUCAAAAUAUCUAAUUUGAUAGCCACAUUUCUUGAAUAUUUCACGAAACGAAUAAAUGUUAAAAUAAGUAGCACAGAAAUAGAAGCCAGAAAAAUUAGAAAGAAACUGUUGUAAAGGACACUCAAUUUUGUGUAUACUGUAUAUAUCAACAUAGAUAAGCAUGCAAUAAGGUUACGGAACUUAAAACCGUACCGAACACUUAUAAAUUGCCUGCUACACAGAUAGUGGUCAACCUAUAACAGUUCUAAUUUAAUGACACUUCGUCGCAGUGAAAUGCCACUUUGAAAUACAUAAUUUAUAAAUGAAAUAUAUUAAUGAAAACAAUUCCAUUGAAAGAAUUUCGUGACCCUGAAGAUAAUGGACUAAGGGGCUAGGCAUUCACUAAAGUAAUUGACAAUUAUAAUUUUCUUUGGCUCAGUAAGCAGCCAACUCUAUGCCCCUAUUGCUUUUAACAAAUCGUGGUGCAGCUGGUAGAACACAGUGGGCACGAGAGCAAUGCCAAAAUCAACAACCUUAAUGCAAUCAUGAAUUCUAAACCCUUUAAGUUUAUUAGUGCCUUGGAACGAAGCUUGAAAAUUUUAGUGAUUUUAUUUUGCUUUAGUUCGGUUUUCAUUGCUUGGGUGCAUUUUUCUGGACAUAAUUAUAAUAAUGAGACGACAAAAGCAUACCAAGUAAUAGCCAAAGGAUCGAAAAAUCUUAAGUAUAUACUUUUUUGGACUAGAGCAGACUUUGCUCCGUUUUACUAUUAUGGUAAAGGGCAGACAGCUUUCAUUAAGAACAAUUGUUCACAUGUUAACUGCUUUGUAACCAGCAAUAGGAAAUUAUUCAAUUCUAAAAUGACCAAAUUUGAUGCUAUACUCUUCAAUGGACGAAAUUUGGAUUCUUUUGAUUUGCCAAAAGUAAGAUCUCCAAAUCAGAUGUACAUCUACAUGAUGACGGAAUCCGCUGACAAUUACCCUGUAUGUGAUCCAGUUUUCAACAAUUUCUUUAACUGGACUGCGACCUAUAGGCUGGAUUCGGAUAUACCCAUGACGUACAUGGUCAUUAGAAAUAUGAGUGGCGAAAUCGUAGGACCAAAAAUGAAAAUGGAAUGGGUAUCGCUUGACUCACAAAAUGUAUCAUUAAACGAAAAGUUUUACACGAGAAUGCAGAUGAAAAGAAAGACUGUAGCUUGGUUUGCAUCCAAAUGUUCUACUCUAGGUGGUAGAGAGACAGCAGUCAAUCGGCUACAGAAAGCUUUAUCGUCGUAUGGAUUGACGAUUGAUAUUUACGGCGCUUGUGGUGAUCUAUAUUGUCGAAAAAAUGAUGUUUCUUGUGAUGAGAUUCUAAGAAGAGAUUAUUUAUUUUAUUUGGCUUUCGAAAACUCUUUAGCAGUGGAUUAUGUUACGGAAAAGGUGGUAAGAGCCUUGCAGAAUGAUGUGGUCCCUAUUGUUUAUGGAAAAGCUGAUUAUUCCAGGUGA